AUGACAGAAUCCACAUUCGGACCGACACCGGGAACCAGUACUGUUUUACCUUCCUCUGGAUGUAUUGGAAACUGCCCUACCACAAUUAUUGUUACUGUAGGUCCUACUGGCGGUAUAACUACCGAAUCGACGUACGGACCAACGGCUGGAACCAGUACCAUACUGCCGUCGUCUGGGUGUACAGGAUACUGUCCCACUAGGAUUAUUGUUACAGAAGCACCUCCAACUGGCGGGUUUAUUACCGAAAGUACCUUUGGACCAGUGCCUGGCACGAGUACGGUAUUGCCGUCAUCUAGAUGUACAGGAUACUGUCCUACUAGGAUUAUUGUUACUGUAACUGGUGGGUUUACAACAGAAUCGACGUUUGGACCAACAGCUGGUACAAGUACCGUACCACCGUCGUCUGGAUGUAUAGGAUACUGUCCCACUAGGAUUGUUGUUACAGAAGCAACUCUAACUGGUGGAUUCACCACAGAAAGCACCUUCGGACCAGCGCCUGGCACGAGUACAUUAUUGCCGUCGUCUGGAUGUACUGGAUACUGUCCUACUAGAAUUAUUGUUACCGUUACUGGUAGCUUCACGACUGAAACUACCUAUGGUCCUUCACCCGGGACAAGUACGGUCCCCCCAUCUAGUGGGUGUAUAGGCAACUGUCCGACAAGGAUUAUUAUUACUGAAGCAACGCCAACUGGUGGAUUUAUAACAGAAACAACAUUUGGUCCAAUCGCUGGUACAAGUAUCGUUCUGCCGUCGUCAGGAUGUACAGGAUACUGUCCCACUAGGGUUAUUGUUACAGAAGCAACGCCAACUGGCGGCUUCACUACGGAAACUACCUUCGGGCCAGUGCCUGGCACGAGCAUAAUAUUUCCGUCAUCAGGAUGUACUGGAUUCUGUCCUACCCGGGUUGUGGUUACUGCAACCGGUGGCUUUACUACCGAGAACACAUUCGGGCCUACGCCUGGUACAAGCACAAUUGCUCCUUCUUCUGGAUGUACUGGAUUCUGCCCUACCCGGAUUGUAGUUACUGCAACCGGUGGUUUUACUACCGAGAACACAUUCGGGCCUACGCCUGGUACAAGCACAAUUGCUCCUUCUUCUGGAUGUAUUGGAUUCUGCCCUACCCGGAUUGUAGUUACUGCAACCGGUGGAUUUACUACUGAGAACACAUUCGGGCCUACGCCUGGUACAAGCACAAUUCCUCCUUCUUCUGGAUGUACUGGAUUCUGCCCUACCCGGAUUGUAGUUACUGCAACCGGUGGAUUUACUACUGAGAACACAUUCGGGCCUACGCCUGGUACAAGCACAAUUCCUCCUUCUUCUGGAUGUACUGGAUUCUGCCCUACCCGGAUUGUAGUUACUGCAACCGGUGGCUUUACUACCGAGAACACAUUCGGGCCUACGCCUGGUACAAGCACAAUUCCUCCUUCUUCUGGAUGUACUGGAUUCUGCCCUACCCGGAUUGUAGUUACUGCAACCGGUGGAUUUACUACUGAGAACACAUUCGGGCCUACGCCUGGUACAAGCACAAUUCCUCCUUCUUCUGGAUGUACUGGAUUCUGCCCUACCCGGAUUGUAGUUACUGCAACCGGUGGAUUUACUACUGAGAACACAUUCGGGCCUACGCCUGGUACAAGCACAAUUCCUCCUUCCUCUGGAUGUACUGGAUUCUGCCCUACCCGGAUUGUAGUUACUGCAACCGGUGGCUUUACUACUGAGAACACAUUCGGGCCUACGCCUGGUACAAGCACAAUUGCUCCUUCUUCUGGAUGUACUGGAUUCUGCCCUACCCGGAUUGUAGUUACUGCAACCGGUGGCUUUACUACCCAGACCACAUUCGGGCCUACGCCUGGUACAAGCACAAUUGCUCCUUCUUCUGGAUGUACUGGAUUCUGCCCUACCCGAAUCGUAGUUACCGCAACCCGUGGCUUUACUACCCAGACCACAUUUGGGCCUACGCCUGGUACAAGCACAAUUCCUCCUUCCUCUGGAUUACCGUUGGAACGUUGA